AUGGCUUCAUCUUUAGUGAAAGCAAGAUUCUUCUACCCCCACGAGACCGCCCGUCAUGCUGCGACCAUUCUCGGGUUCCCAUCUAGAGUCUCCAUCGCUUCCGCGUACUACGAAAGCGCCUGUGUCGACAUUGCUAAUUUGGCAUCUGUAAUUUCGGCCCAUGAACCAGUUCGACUAUAUGCACGACCCGAAGAUAUCCAGAAAGCAAAGUCAAUGGCCCUGUCUAUUGAAUGGGGGAGGAAACAUGACCUUGACGCCCACGACCGGGCUUCAGAUGGGCUUGAUUGGCCUGUGAUGGCACCUGAACAGAUUGAAGAAAACGGAAGCUUUGCCCGUAGGGUUAUCGAAUCCGAUGUUCUCCCAUCUCCGGUGACUCUAGUGGAAUCACCGAUCCGUUUGGAAGGUGGUGCACUAGCUGUGGAUGGCGAAGGCACACUUCUGGCCACUGAAAGCAGCAUCAUCAAUGAAAAUCGCAACCCGGGUCUUUCGAAGACCACGAUUGAAGCAGAACUGCGUCUCAACUUUGUCCGGCCCGGGGUUGUUGUCCUCUCACGGCCCCAUUCUAGCGUGCCUAAGGCCUGGGUAAAGAUCUAUGAAGAGAUCAGGGGCAUUUUGGGCCAGUCGGUCGAUGCGAAGGGUCGACCUUUUGAGGUUCACAUAGUGGAUGAGCCGAACCCCAAGAUCUUCGGGGUCUUGUCUUACGACGAACCAGCCACAAACUAUGUGAAUUUUUAUUUCGUCAAUGGGGGGCUUAUACUUCCUCAGUUCGGCGAUAGCCGGCGAGAUCAAGAGGCCCUAGUGCUGUUUCAAAAGCUGUGCCCUGAUCGCGUGGUUCGGCCAGUGUUUUUGUCUGCGCUUCCAUUGGCUGGGGGCGUGAUUCACUGCGCAACCCAACCAGUACUUUUCGUGGGUGAAUGA